AUGGCAAUUUAUCCAAAAUUAAAUCAAUUUCUUAUCUGUUGUUUCGUUUCUAUAGGUAGUUUCGCUUAUGGUUAUGAUCUUUCAGUUAUAGCUCAAGUUAUUGCUUCAGAAAGUUUUCUUGAACGUUUGAAUCCCACAAUCAAUGAAACUAGUGCUGUGGUAUCAUUAUUUACUGGUGGGGCAUUUUUUGGGGCUUUCGCUGCAGGAUAUUUAUCUGAUUAUCUUGGUAGAAAAUAUACUAUAACUACAUCAUGUGCUGUAUUCAUCCUUGGGGGUAUUCUUCAAGCUACAUGUGUUAAUAUUGGAAUGUUGGUUGCUGGUAGAUUUAUAGCUGGUCUUGCUGUUGGUAGUCUUUGUAUGAUCAUUCCUUUAUUCCAGGCCGAAUUGGCUCAUCCUUCUAUAAGAGGUACUGUUACUUCUCUUCAACAAUUCUUUUUAGGUAUUGGUGCAUUAGUUGCAUCAUGGAUUGCUUAUGGAUCAUAUGUUGGAUUGGCUGGCAGUGAGAAACAAUUUAGACUUCCUUUAGGUCUUCAAGUUGUUCCUAUCGGUUUAUUGUUUUUUGCUUCAAUUUUAUUGCCAGAAAGUCCUCGUUGGUUAGCUGCUCAUGGUAAAAGAGAUCAAGCGUUAAUUACUUUAGCCAAAUUACAUUCUUAUGGUAAUGUUAAUGAUUCAGAAACUCGUGCUCAAUACCACGAAAUCAUUGAAGAAGUUGAAUUUGAAAAGGCAAACCCUACUGUUAGCUGGAUUGGACUUUUUGCCACCAAAGAUAGAGCAAGAAGAACUUCUUUGAGUUGUAUCCUUCAAGCUUCAGUUCAAAUGACUGGUGUUAGUAGUAUUCAAUACUAUUCAGUAACUAUUUUCAGAAAAAUGGGACUUACCACUGGUAGGACUUUACUUUAUCAAUCAAUUAAUUCAAUUAUUGCCUUAAUUGCUCAAGCCUUAUGUUUCUUAACCAUUGAUUUUACUGGUAGAAGAUGGGUUUUGAUUUCAACUAAUCUUUUGAGUUCAGUAUGUUUCAUUGUUGCUACUAUUUUAAUGGCCAAAUUCCCUGCAGCAACUACUAGUAGUAGACCAGCACAAAUUGGUUUUAUUGCAAGUACUUGGAUUUAUAAUUUUGUCUUCUCUUACGGUAUUGGUCCAUUAUCAUGGGUCAUUCCAAGUGAAAGUUUCAAUUUACAAAUGAGAUCCAAAGGUAUUUCAUUAGCUACCAUGGUUUCAUUUGCUUUCAAUACUAUGAUUGGUCAAGUUACUGCUGUUGCUAUGGAACGAGUUGGAUAUAGAUUUUAUUAUCUUUUCUGUAUUUGCUGUUUCACCAAUGCUUUAUUCUUUUGGGCUUUCUUACCAGAAACAAGAAGAGUUCCUCUUGAACUUUCUGAUGAAUACUGGAAAGAAGCUCCAUUAUUUGUACCAGGUUGGAAACCUGCUAAGGAUUACUCUGCUGACUUGAAAGAAAAAGCCAACAUUCUUGAAGCAGGAAGAAGAUUUGAUGUUGAUUCAAUCGAUGAACUUAAAGAGGAAGUCGAACAUAAUGAAUAG